GGCGGUUUCACGUGGAAGCGGCGCAGGGGAGGCUCUCGGGGCGAGCCGGGCCCGAGGAAGCCGAGGCCUUUCAGGCUGGGACUCCCGAGCGGGUGACAUUAGGUGCUGCACGCACACUGCACCUGCGUCAGGUGAAGUGACAGCUGUCCCUCCCAGGGCUGUGGAGAGGAUCCAGGCGCAUCGCGCGCGUCAGGUCCGCCAAAGCCCGAAGCACAGGGCCUGGCGCAGAAUUUUAUUUGAGGCGGAUAAUUAAGUCAACCCUGUCUAGCUCCCUCUUGCAGGCUGAAAAAAUAAAAUGGAGGCAGAUGUGAUCACAGAUCUUCGAUGCAAACUUAAAAAGGCUGAAGAAGAGCAAGUAAAAGCUGCUCAGUAUGGUUUGCAACUGUUGGAGAGCCAAAGUGAAUUGCAGAAUCAAUUGGAUAAAUGUCGUGAUGAGAUGAUGACCAUGACUGAGAACUAUGAACAAGAAAAAUAUACACUUCAGAGAGAAGUUGAACUCAAAAAUAGAAUGUUAGAAAGUUUGAGCUCUGAAUGCGAAGCUAUUAAACAACAACAGAAAAUACAUCUGGAGAAAUGGGAAGAACAACUGAACAGAAGUCAUGAACAGGAAGUGAAUGAAUUGAAAAAUAAGCUAGAAAACCUGAAGGCAGAAUUAGAUGAAGCUAGGCUUAGUGAAAGUCAACUGAAGGAAAAACUAAGUCAUCAGCAGGAGCUUCUCAGUUGUAAAUCAGAGGAAUUACGGAAAAUGUCUGACCGUGCACAUGAAAGCUUGUCUUCUGAGGUGCUGGCUCUUCAAAUUGAGCUGACUGAAGCAGAAAAUACUAAGGUCACCCUCCAAGAAGAAUUGAAUGAACUACAGUGCAGACAAGCACAGCAGGAACUUCUUACUAAGAAUUUAAUGCGCCAGGUAGACCGCCUUAAGGAAGAAAAAGAGGAACGAGAGAAAGAAGCUGUUUCUUACUGUAAUGCUUUAGAGAAAGCUCGUGAAACAAAUCAGGAUCUUCAAGUGCAAUUGGAUCAGGCACUGCAGCAAACCUUGCACCCCAAUAGUAAAGGAAACUCUUUAUUUGCUGAGGUGGAAGAUCGAAGGGCAGCAAUGGAACGUCAGUUAAUUAGUAUGAAAGUCAAGUAUCAGUCACUGAAGAAACAAAAUGCAUUUAACAGAGAACAGAUGCAAAGAAUGAAGUUACAAAUUGCCACAUUGCUACAAAUGAAAGGAUCUCACACUGAAAUUGAUCAACAAGAAAGGUUGCUUGCCAUGCUGGAGCAGAAGAAUGGCGAAAUUAAACAUCUAUUAGGUGAAAUUGAAAAUUUAGAAAAAUUUAAGAAUUUAUAUGAAAGUAUGGAAUCAAAGCCUUCAUCCAGCUCUGGGGUUGUGGAAGAUAAUACUUAUUACACAGACUUGCUCCAAAUAAAGCUUGACAACUUAAACAAAGAAAAUGAAAGUACCAAAGGUGAAUUGUCUAUACAGCGAAUGAAAGCAUUAUUUGAGAGCCAGCGAGCUCUGGAUAUUGAGCGAAAACUGUUUGCUAAUGAAAGAUGUCUCCAAGUUUCCCAAAGUGAAAAUAUGAAACUAAGAGCUAAACUAGAUGAAUUUAAACUGAAGUAUGAACUUGAAGAGAAAACUGAAGUUCCAGUACUUAAGAAAAGGCGGGAAGUGCUGCCUCUCGAUGUACCUCCCCCUAACAGUGAAAGUGCCAAGGAUGCUGUUCGGGGAGAAGGAUGUAGCAGGCCUUUAGCUAAGGAGGAGGCAGAACUGUGUCCUGACAAUUUAGAGAAUAACUUGCUACUCAAAAAUGCCACUUCUGCAAGCACGCCAGGAAUCAGUCUUUUUCCUCACAGAAAUUUGCCCAGGGAUAUUCCGCCGGUGAAGGAAAAGAAAUGUGUGAAACUCGUAGGCAUUGUGGCGGACUCGGAAGCCUUAAGUGAGAGAAGUGGAAACACUCCUGACUCUUCCAGGUCAGUCCCCUCCUUUCUUCACGACAGCAAGCAGACCUCUUCGUCUCUCCUCUAUCGCUGCAUGAACUGUGCUAUCUGGUUUUUAAUCUGUCUUCUUAAUAUUGCAUGCAGUGUAAUUCCCCACUUUCAUCUGUCUUCCUUCAGCUUUUCUAAAACUUUAAGAAAGACUAAGAUGAUUGAAAGGGUAAAGGAUUCCUGAAUUAGAAAAUUAUUAUUUUUUUUAAGAUACACUUUUCUGUGCCAUGAAAUAGAUGUAUGACAGUCUAGCAUAUCUGAAUGUUGGUUUAGUUUGAAUGAAUGUUGUGACUUUAGGUUUUGGAUAUUUUUUUUGGUAACUAUGAAAGAAAAAUGAACUUACCCUGUAAAAUGUCUGUUUAGCAGUUUAAGAUUCCCAUCAUUUUAGAAAACUAAAAUUUUCAAUGGCUUUGGAAAUUAUUUACCCUAAGCCUUCAAGAAUGGCCUUUACUAUAUUUUGUUUCAUUUGGGGGCCACACUAAUGGUGCACAGGACUUUUUUUUGACUCUGAGCUCAGGAAUUAUUCCUGGUGGUGCUUGGGGACCAUAUGUGGUGCCAGGGAUCAAACCUGGGUUGGCUGUGUACGAGGCAAGCACCUUAAGUGCUGGACUAUCUCUCUGUCCCCUGGUAAUAUAUUUUAACAUUUUAAAAAUCUCAGAAAUUCUUUUUUACUCAAAUUUCAAAGCCUCUAGUUUUAGCAUAUUUUAGUUGAUGGCUGAAAGAAGAGUGUUAAACAUGUAUGUCUGUAGGUUUUAAUGUUUAAAGUACAGUUAUUCUUUUUCUUUAAACAGAUUUUUAUUGUCAUUUAGGUGACAUGGUUAUAAAAGUGAAGGACAUGUUCUUUAAAAAAUAUUGUCAGAGGUAAAAGAAAAUAAGUAGGAGGAAAAGAAUAGUAGCUUAAGCUAGGGUGAAAUAGUUAUGCACAGUUUUUGGAGGUGUACAAAAGGAUCAAGAGUCGGAGGGGAGAGAGUACUGAAGGAAGAAAUUAAAAGGUAAAAAGAUGACAAAUUAAGGGCCAGAGAUAUGGUUCAAGGGCUGGAGUGCAUGGCUUGCAUGCAGGAGGCCCAGAUUUGAUAAACCAGCACCACAUGGUCUCCCCGACACCUCCAAGAGUGACCCCUGAGCACUGGCCGAUCUCCAUGUUAGUAUUGCUAGAGUACCACUGGGUAUAGCCCCAAAAUAACAACAACAAAAGGAUGACAAAUUAUUAAAGAUAACUGUAUGCAACAGAGUGUAGGUGCAUUUGAACUAAAUAUCUCUAGACAUUUAAGCAACUAGGUAUAUUAAUGUGAAAAUAGGUUGGAUUGUCAUCUGGAAGAAAAUUCUCCAAGGUGCUGUUAGGACUCCAUUAAUCAUGGAGGAGUACAGAGUAAGGCAUUUUACUGGUGUGCAUUUUUAAGAAUUAGGAAAAGGGCUUUCUUAUAUUUUUGUUAUUGUUAUCUAAUUUCUCUUUAAAAGAGUUUCAGUGUUACACAUUAUAGUCUCACAAACGAUAGCACUUGAACAUCAGCAUUAGCUGUUACUAGGAGUAAUAUAUUCAUUACUUAAUUUUUUAUAUUACGUUAUAACUUAUAAAUCACAUAAAGUAAAAACUCAGUGAAUCAACUUUAAAUAAUCUGUCUCUGUCUCUUUGUCUUUCUCUUUCACACACACACAUGCACGGCUUUGAGUGUUCUGAAGUGAAUUCAACAGGUUAUGCUUGUAUAUAUGUGAUUCAUCUUGUAAGUAUGCUUGACCAUUAUAUUUCUGGAAGAGGCGUUCCAGAAUUGAUCAGUACAAACCUUGCUUUCUGUGUUGUCUUCACUUUUCUUUUGACCUUUUCUUGCUUGAUAAAAAUAACUUAGACAAAUGUAAGUAGGUACUUUACUUAAGUAGCAUAUUGGAAUAUUUUGUGGUGCUAGUUAAACAAAACCAAAUAAAAUACAACAAAACAUGUUUCUUUGUGUGAGUUCCUUUGCUAACCAAAGAUAUUUCUAAUCAUGUUCUCUGCAGGAUUAACUUAGAUACACAACCCUAUGAUAAAUAUUUUAACAGUAAUUGUGAGUUUUAUUUGAGAACUUUACUGUUGCAUGCCUUGUAAAUUUAAUUGAUGGGCUUUGCUAUAAAAUAUAGCAAAUUUAAGAUAGGCCUUUCAAGAUGUUAUGCUUCGCUUAUUUUGAUCUAAGUGAUAAUUUAUAAUUUAUCUAAGUUCAAUUUAAGAGCUUUUUUUCUUUUUUCCUUUUGGAGAGGGCCAUUAGGCCACAUCUGGCUAUACUCUUAACUCUCAGAGGUAACUCCCGGUAGUGCUAGGGGAAGGAUUGGGGGAGUGUUGGGGAUUGAAUGUGGGUCAGCCUCACUUAAGGCAAGUAUCUUAUCCCUGUACUAUUUUUCUGACUCACAUAGACAAAUUUUCAUGCAACCAAGAAUGUCAUGCUGUUUUUUUUUUUCUUGAGUUUGCCUUUUGUAUGUCACAUUAAUGUUAAGAUAUUUAUAAUUAUUAGUGUGCUUAUGACAGGCAUUUUAAUAUAUUUUAAUUUGUUGUUCUAUUUUGUUUGUGGGUCACAUUUGGUGGCCCUGUGUUCAGGGAUCACUUCUGACAGGACUCGGGGGACUAGAGAUCAAACCUGGGUUGGACCCAUGCAGGACGUGUACCUUACACACUAUACUAUUUCUCAGCCCCCUAUAUUUUAAUUAUUUAGGCUUUGCCAUACAUUUUAUUAACCUUGAAUAUAUAUUUUUAGAUAUAGAAAAUGUCUUGAUACGAAAACUAUUUUAGAGUCAAUGACUUGGUGUCUUACUGGCAUUGAAAUCAAUUUAGAAUUUUUUCCUCAUUAUGUAAAAUCACCUUAUGUCAUUAGAGAACUGUUUCUAUAAUUUUUCUUGACUGCAUUUGAAUUUAGAGUGGAUGCUUUA